CAGGAGCCGGCUGCUGGGCUGAAGCCGCGGUCUGCGGGGCUCAUGCUCGCAUGCAUGGACUGUAUUUACACAGUGAUUCCCUCUGAUGUGAAUGCAGCAUCUCUUGUCCCUCUGGGAUGCCAUAGGUGAUGCCCAGCUCUACUGCAAUGGCAAUUGGCGCUCUCUCUAGUUCUCUUCUUGUAACCUGCUGUCUCAUGGUUGCUCUCUGUAGCUCCACCAUACCUGUGCAAAAACUGGCCAAGGCUCCAGACAAACAGGAGAUAAAAACAAGUCAGGAAAAGAGGGAUCAUACAUCAACCAGGCCGGACAGUCAGAGUCAGACAGGCCCAGGGAAAAUGAAUGAAAUUGGAAGGAAUGGGCGGGAAGAGGGCACCAGAGAUUGGAAGAGUAAAGGAAACAGAAAUUAUUCAAACAAAGAAUCUUGGACUAGGCAAAAACAAAUUUGGAAUAGUCAAGGAACAAGCAGUAAAUCUGGGAGCAUUCAAGCACAGGAGCAAAGGGAUGGUAUUCCAGAGGAACCUCAGGCGGCUGAAGAAUCAUCCCUCCCAGAAGUUGUUGCUAGUACUACUCCCGAGCCUCCGGAGGAGUAUGCCUAUCCAGAUUACCGUGGGAAAGGCUGUGUGGAUGAGAGUGGCUUUGUUUAUGCUAUCGGGGAGAAGUUUACUCCAGGUCCCUCUGCUUGCCCCUGUCUUUGCACUGAUGAGGGACCUCUGUGCAUUCAACCUGAGUGCCCAAGACUUCAUCCACGAUGUAUUCAUGUAGACACCAGUCAGUGCUGCCCACAGUGCAAAGAGAGGAAGAACUACUGUGAGUUCAGAGGAAAGACCUACCAGACACUAGAAGAAUUCAUGGUUUCCCCAUGUGAGAAAUGCCGUUGCGAAGCCAAUGGUGAAGUGCUGUGCACAGUGUCUGCUUGUCCUCAGACUGAAUGUGUGGAUCCAGUGUACGAGCCAGAUCAGUGCUGCCCCAUCUGCAAAAAUGGCCCAAACUGCUUUGCAGAAACCACUAUUAUUCCAGCUGGCCGAGAAGUGAAGACUGAUGAAUGUACUAUAUGUCACUGUACUUACGAAGAAGGCACUUGGAGAAUUGAACGACAAGCUAUGUGCACUAGACAUGAAUGCAAACAAAUCUAGGGAAUCUACAAAUCAAAAGUACUAUGAUGUUUUUAAAAAAUAUUUCACCGUGGUGAGAACCCUAGAUAAGCCUGGGAAAGAUUAUUCAUUGUAAUAAGAAUAUUUUUGGUGAGGAGAAAAGAUCAUCAUAUUGCAGUAUUACAUUACUAUGAAAAACAAAAUACCAAGACAAAGAAAUCCAUAUAUUUAAAAAAGUUUGGACAUAAAAAAUCCUGUUUUAACACUUUAUUUUCACGGUGAGUGCACUGAGUACUCUAUCAAAUAUUAUAUGUAUUUAUAUAAUUCCAUGAUAGAGGUUAAAAUAAAUGUUUUAUAUAGAUACAGCUUAAAUACGGUAUGGUUGCCUGUCCUAUUAUGUACAUGCACCAUGCCUAAAACAUUUCCGUUUUAGUUUUAUCAUGACUUUAUUUUUGGUGGGCAACAAUAACAGACGUGUGGCCAGAAAAUAGCCAGCAAAUCAAUCACAUAUUUCAGGUACUUUGAAGUUCUACCUUUUGAAAAUAUACGGUAUAAGCUUUAAAAGAAUGUGCUAAAUUUAUUAUUUGUGCAAAAGUAGGCCAAAUUCUCUUCUCAGUUAUUCUGGUGCAUCUCCAGUGGGCCUGCACUAGUAUAACUGGGAAGAGAGUAUGAAAUUGUGACUUUGAUUAUAGUAAUUGUUUCAGAACUCUAAACAUGGAUCCUAUAAGAAUUAAUUUCAAGUAUAUACACAUCACAUCAGGAUGAAUUCUUUUGUGAUGUAAAGCAUCCCAUAUCUGAUAUAAUGGCUGUAAGUGACAAAACAAUGAAACUUGCAACAAAUUUACAUUUAAUGGUUGUGAAAAACAAGUACAACUGACAACAGAGGGUGACAGGGCAUGUAACAGGAGAAGCAACUAACCAGGUGUAAGAUAAAGCAGGUCUCUACUAUUUUAUUUUAAAAUGCUUUUGUUUUUCUGCUACUCUCAUAUAUUACACUUGGGUUGAAUCACUGCUGAGGCCCAGGUUCAAGAAAGCACGUAAGUAUGGACUUAACAUAUGCUUUGCUGAAUUAGUGCAAUGUUAGGAAUUAGUAGUUGACUACAUGACACCUGAUGCGUAACUUACAUUGU